AUGCAGCUGCUCCUGACAGGCGCUACCGGCGCUGACCCCGCCAUUACGCGCAUCACCCUGUUGACGCGCCGCGCGAUACCCGAGUGGACAGUGCUCCCAGAGUCCGCCGCAUCGAAGACGGCAGUGAUCCUGCACGACGACCUUACAUCCUAUCCACCAGAGCUUGCACGUCAUCUAGCAGUGCACGACGCAUGCAUCUGGGCACUCGGUCGCUCUGCCCUCGGCGUUGGCGAGCAGGAGUACACCACCUUCACCCACGACUAUCUCAUUGCGGCCGUGCACGCGAUCCAGGAGGCACGAGUGGGCGAAGGAAGGCAGGCGGAGAGCCCGUUCAGAUUCGUGUAUCUUAGCGGGGAGGGCGCAGACCCGACGGGCAAGACAACCCAGAUGUGGGCGCGUGUCAAGGGACGCACCGAGAGCGAGCUCAUCGAGCUCUGCAAAAGCUCGCCGGGUAUGAAGGCUCACGUCUAUCGACCAGGAUAUUUCUUCCCUUCGAAGCGCUACCCGGAAGACCGCAAGAACCAGCGCCCGGCUUCUGCGCGCGCCAUGGACUGGGCCAUAACGCCAAUCAUGUCUUGCUUUUUGCCUUCGUUGCUGACGCCGAUCGACGAUCUUGCGCGUUUUACAAUCGAGGUCGCCAAGGGACGCUGGCCUGACGAGGAUCUGUUCGUAAACAAGCGAAUGAGGGAGCUCGUGAAGGAUAUAUAA